UAAAGCUCAAAUGUUUUGGAUUGUCAUCUUAUUUAACAUAAUUAAUAGCUGAGGCUGAGCUGGAAUGUUCCUUUGUAAAGUCCACUGACAUUACUUCAGGUGAUUUCCGCAUGAGUGACUUCGGGAGGGGGUGGUCAAAGUUCCAGGUCCAAAGUCUACAAACGGCUUCAGUCUUUAAGAUGAAGGACUAUAUCAGCCGCUGCUCCUACAACGAGCUGUAUCAAAAUGUCAAACGAGUGUCAAAAGAUGGCGAGUACUUCUGCAAAGAACUUAUGGGCGUUCUGCAGCAAAGGUCUGAGCUCGACCACACGUAUGCUAAGGGGCUCCAAAAACUGGCUGGAAAACUUAUGAGGGCUUCCAAAGGGAUGACCAACAACUCGGUCUACAGUGCCUGGUGUCAGGUGUCAGAUGAGAUGUACUCCCGAGCUGACGCCCACAGAUCAUUGGGAAAUGCGUUUCAGCAGGAGGCCAUACUGGAAUUACGUCAAGUCUUAGACGAGCACUACAAGAGAAAGAGGCCUCUCGACAAUGCCAUUGAGAGAACGGGAAAACUUGUCAUGACAAACUGGACUGAGCAACUCAAGACCAAGAAGAAACUGGCUGGAUUAACACGGGAGCACGAGGCUUUAUUCAACUUUGUCGAGAGUAAUAAGCAACUAUCCACGGAGAAAGAAAAACAAAAGAUGCUCAAUCGGUUGACAAAGUCGGCAGAGGUACAGGCGCGAGUGGACGAGGAGUACUUCAAUACCAACAUGGAGGGCCAACAGAUGAGACUCAAGUGGGAAAAUACGCUCAAAAACUGCUACCAGGUCGUUCAGGAGCUCGAGAAACAACGGAUUGAAGUUCUUUGCAACAUCCUGACCCGCUACAACCUGCACAUGUCCAGUUUUGGCCAGACCCUCAAACAUGGCCAAAAGCAGAUCGAGCUACUGGUGCAAAGAGUGGACAUGGACAAAGACACACAAAUGCUGGUGGAGGAGAACAACACCACGACAGCGGACAACAAAGCCGAAUUUUUGAUGACGGAUUAUUUUGAGGAAGACGCCAAAUCACUCAUGUGCAGGGAGCGAAGAAGAGAAGCCAUUCAACUGAAACUCCACCGCUUGGAGGAAGCCAUCUUGAAAGCAAAAAAAGACUGCGAAGGGAUUGAAAAGCUGAUGAAAACCUACUCGGAAAACCCGUCCUUUUCUAACCAGAGGAACCUGGAGGAAACCGAGCAGCAGCUUGAUGAGAGCACUCUGAAGCUGGAUCUCCUGGAGGCUACGCACUAUAAACUCUCUGUGUCGCUGUGUGAACUCGAGGGCAAACCCAAGCCUUUCCACCGAUUUAGGGACUGCAUUGUCAAAUGGAGAGAUAAGGACUGCGAGCACACUGUGGUGCAGCUGACUCGGCCGGUGAAACUGAAGAAGACUCCCUUCAGGACCAGACACUCACUGAGAGCAUCCAUCAUCUACAAAGGACCCGUUCAGACUACAAAAUGUCCAAGUGAAGAGCUUGCAUCCGGUGGCCAGAUCUCUGGCACUGCACCGUUACAGGAAUCAGAGAACCCUGUUCAAACCCCAACACACGCACAAGAGCCGAGAGAACACGUUCAUAGAACACCCGACGUUUGCACCGUGGGACAAUGCAAGGCCUUAUACAGCUUUACACCUCAACGCAGUGAUGAAUUAACUCUGAAAGAAGGAGAUCUGCUAGACAUUUACACCAAGGAAGAGAAUGGCUGGUGGUUUGGCGCACUCAAUGGCCAGACGGGUCAUUUUCCAUCCACCUACGUCGAGGAGCUGCCUGUGCUAAGUAACAUCAAAUCAUCUGAAGCCUGACUGCAUCUGCACAUUUGAAAUGGAAUCAACAAAAUAUUUUUACUCCACACC